GCUCGCAGCCCCAUGUCCGCGCUCCCCGCCGGCGCCGACAUCAAGCGGGCUCUGGACAACAGCCCCGAGACCAACAUCGAGGAUGAGCUGCCCGACGGGCCGCCGCAGCCGCGGCCCAAGGGCUACCUGCUCCUCAGCAUCCUCGCCUGCUUCUGUCCCGCCUAUCCCGUCAACAUCGUCGCCUUCGUGUUCGCCGUCAUGGCUCUGAACAGUUACAACCAAGGGGACAUAGAAGGCUCCAAGAGGCUGGGUCGCAACGCGCUCUGGGUGGCCGUGGCCUCCAUCAUCAUCGGCCUCGUCAUCAUCGGCAUCUACUGCGUGGUUCACUUCACUACGCAUGCUAUCUGAAGACCAGGACUGCACUUGGAUGAUGUCAACAUGUAAACCUCUGGAGGGGGAAAAAGAAGAGAUGGAAACCAUUCCAGACUGUUGGCUCUGACCCUACAAGUCUGCAGAGGCAUGUUGCUGGUGAAUGAACUGAUAGCCCAGUUAGUUAAUCAGCAUGGCGUGACCAGGUUUUCAAAAUUAUUUAUUUAUAAGACAUCUCAGUAUAAAAAAGCAUUUUCUCUUUCACCCUAAUGUGUAAUGAGAUCUUGCCCUAAAAAAAAAAUCCCUUUUCUUUGUCAUUUCCAUGGAAUGUAUGCUGGAUCUGUGAUGUUCCCUGGCUGACCCCAGCCAGACAAAUCCAAUGUAUCCAGACUGUUUAUGGUGCACAGUGUAAGAUCUGAUGCACAGCCCACUGAAGCUAGUAGGAGAACUCCUGUUACUUCUGGCAGAUUUUGGAUCAGGCCAUUAAGGAUUUUUUCAUUACUCUAAAAUAGUCUCAACAUGACACAACUGUACCCAUGGGUUUGUGAUUUUAUCCUGCUCUGUGAUUUUAUAAUGCCGUGGGCGCACUCUGACUCAGCAGCUGCUUUCUUUUGUCAUCCUCAGCUUUUAGAACUUUACCUUGAAUUUUUAACCACCUGGGACCGAUUUCAAUCACUUGAUUAUUAAGAGAGACUCUUCUUCCAUAGCAUCCAUGUUUUUCUUAACGAUUUACUUUUGUUUGGUUGUCUUUCAUUGUUGCACUCCCUUGGCUUAGCUCCAGUCCUGCAUUAAAUUUGCACUGAUCAUAUUAUUUUCCUUUUUAAACUUCCCAUAUGUAAAAAGUUCCUAUUUUUUUUUAUCUGACAAAAGAUCCUCGUUUUAAACAGAUGUCCUUCAUCCCUUUUUUGUGCUUUCAGCAAGGCAUGUAGUUUCAUUGUGUUCUGCUUUGUUCAUGUUUUGUUUAGUUCAUCCUCUCACCUCUAUGACUGGUUUGUGUAUCAUUGCACUUAGAGAUGGACAGACAGACUUUUGCACCUCUGCCUAGUUACAGACACUCCCUGAUCCUCAGACACUACUCAGCGAGCAGCCUCAGGUUUCAGAAUUGAUUGCCUCUAAAUUACUGCAGUUUCUUGAUACCUUGGGGAAAUUUAGCAUGGGACAGCUGUUUUUAUUAGCUGGAAACUGUUUCACAGAACACAAUUGUUUUGUCACACAAAUAUUCCAUGUUAAAAGGAGUAAGCUCUGGUGAGCAUUAAGUCAUGGCUGCAUCCUCAGCAGUUGCUGCUCUGUUUGCUUCAUUACCACAUCUUCAAGCGAGCUGUGCCAACUCCCACUCCCUCUCCCUGCACCAACAUCGAGCUGGAGCGACUGCCCAGAAAUCCAGGGAGUUCUGCAGGUGCAGGUGAGAGAAGAAUCAUCUGUCAGGAGUUCAACAACCUAUUAAAAACAAAAUAUCUUCCCAGCAACCUUUACCUGUUAAAGCAUAUGCCUGGAAGUAGCAUGUAUUUUUUGUGCCUUGAUAUUAUAUUUUCAAUGUGCUUUUCCCCUUCCUUUCCUGCCAAAUUCUGUUUUUCAUUGAAGUCAGUGAAGCAUCACCUCUCCUUAAUUACUGCAGUAUUAAACUUCACAAGCACUGGUGAAGUCAGCUGAUUUAUUAAACAUUUACACUGAUCAGAUUUGUCCACAUGGGAAUCUUGCCACUGAUUUUGAUGAUCCCAAGAACUGGCUGUUUUGUGAACUCCUCUUUGGUUUUUGAAUACUAUUUUAAUGGUCUGAUAUGUCUUGUGGGACUUUUAGUAGCUUGCCUUAUUAUCAGAUAUGAUAGAAAUGUCAUUUA